GUACCUUUCAUGCUUUUAAAAAAAAGGAACUUUCUAGAAGAGCUCCACAUCGUCAGUGAAAGUGACACAAUGGACCCAAACCAAUUAGAUGAUACUUGUACCUACUCCAUCAAUGAUUGAAGCAGACCGUAUACUGCUGAUGUCUGGAGCACAUGGAAGGCAAGAGGAGGAGGAGAUACACAUCAGACAUGGGUUAUUGAGGGACCAUGUGAGUCACAUUCUGAGGGAUUUCAGAGAAGAGAUCAACACCUUUAAGGACUUAAUGCAUCAAGACAUCAGCUCAUUCACAUCCCACAUGGAAACGACCUGUGCGGAGGAAGUGCACAGAGCAAUGGCAAGUCUAGAAAACAUGCUGGAAAGUGAAGUGGACAGAGUCAGGAAAAUGACGGCAGCCAGGAUCAAGGGGGCGGAGGACAGCUUCCAAGCCAUGUCCAGUGGUCUAACAACGAAACUGAAAGUUCUGGAGGAAAAAGUGGAUGCCUUACAGUCUGUAACAAGAGCUUCUGACACUAGUCAGCAGCUUCCAGGACCGUCUGAGUCUCCCACCGCUUUGCCAACAGGACCUUCAGCAACCAGCGCACGUCUUCCGUCAAGACCCGGCACUCCACUUCCUCCAGCGUCAAGACCCGGCACUCCACUUCCUCCAGCGUCAAGACCCGGCACUCCACUUCCUCCAGCGUCAAGACCCGGCACUCCACUUCCUCCAGUGUCAAAACCCGGCACUCCACUUCCUCCAGCGUCAAGACCCGGCACUGCACUUCCUCCAGCGUCAAGACCUGGCACUCCACUUCCUCCAGCGACUUCUCGUGAAGAACCUGAGGUGCACCGCUGCUGUACCAUUAGCGGAAAACAUCCACAACCAAGAAGUACCCUAUCAGCUGAGCAAAGGGAACUUCCAGGACCUUCUCCAAGUCAGUUGGAAGUCAUUUAUGUACCUGGCUCUCCUCCUCCAUCAGAUUUGCCAGAGCAGCUUGCAAUACCCUGCAGUCCCCCACCUCUCACAUCGACACCUCUGUCCUCUAAAAGCCAAGGUGUUAAGAGGAAGGCUGCGGCCGGCCUGGAAGAGCUGGAUCAAGACCUAGCACAAGACCUUCAAUCAUACAUGCCAGCACAUCACUCCAGCCGAGAUUUCAAGAUUGCAGCUUGCUUUUUUUGAAAUGCAGAUGGACAAGCUGCAGAUUAAAGAUGCCAAAAGUCGUGAAACGAAUGCCCUGAUCAUCCGGUCCCGUGGGGAGAAGCACAACAUCUGGUUACCUGGCUGGAAACCCCACGGGAGUUCAAGUAUGCAAGACUUUCUUGCAGAAAAAAUCAAAACAACCCUAAAAAAAAAAAAGAGAAUUGCUCAAAUUACUCAGGAAGAAAUGUCACUUUUGGACACUGAUGACACAUUUAAAAGUGUUUGAGUUGCAAUUUUGCCCAUGCAUAUUUAACUGUAUUUAUUUGUGUAAAUAAAAAAUGCAAAGUCAGUAAAA